AAAGAGUCAUUCUCGCGACACAACGCCAACUCUCGCGAGACGUUCCCUCUUGUCCGCUGCAUCUUCUCAUUCCGCUGCCUGAGAUAGUCACUUGAGCCGACUGACCGCAAAAGAGAGGUUCAUACCGACUCAGCUUCACUUUCGUAGUGAAACCUCGGAAGCCCUCACAACACAAGAAGCCAGACUGCUAGGUUUCUCAACUCUCGCGAAGGUUUGUCCGUCCGCCCCCGGAGUAAUUUUCUCGAAGCUACGCGAGACUUCGUCGCUCCGUUUCUUUUCCCGGCGUAGCGCCUCACGUUUGGGUGAGGUAUCGCGAGAGUGAAACAGUGCCGUGACGUCAGCCCUGGUGACCGCGGAGCGUCUCCCCCUAGCAACAGGGAGGGAGUCGGCCGCGCGGGCUGCAGGGGCAGUAGGAAGAAGAUGCGCCGGUACGACGAGCCAGCAAUAGGCGUCGGGGCGGGUUCCGUUGCCGUAGCAACGUCCCGGCAGGGCGGUAGCCCGUGAGUGGCUCUGGUUACGGUGACGUCCCAUCGUCGGCGCUCUGCGGGUCGCAGGUUCCACGGUUGCCGUGGCAACGGUUACCCGAGGCCCCUGGCAACAGGAGCGGCGGUUGCCAUAACGACAGAAGCCCAGGGCCGCACAGGUAAAAGGUAUCUUGAAACCCAUCCUCCUGCACAGCAUCUAUUGUUUGGAUUUUCAGAUAGAUAUGAAGUACCUGUUUCUAUUAAUGGAUGAGCCACAUGAAUGUGAAUUUGCUACCAUAGAGGAGUUAACCUUUUGAGAAUGCAGUAACAUCUUCAGCACUGAAUCGUUCUUGCACUGUGCGAUGGCAGGGGUGUCACUGUGUGAGCCUACGGAACUGUACAAUUUGUUGAAUCAGUGCACAAAGAUCUCUAGACUGGCAGAACCAAACUAUCUGUGUUUACUGGAUGCUCGUACAAAGAGAGAGUACAAUGAAAGCCACUUGAUGACGGCAAUACGAGUCAAAACAAAUCCGCUGGGCAAAUACAUGGUACCUCCAUCUAUCAACCUGGAGUGUGUCAGGCACUGUGUGGUGUACGAUGGCAUAACGGACUCGGUGGAGGCGGCCUUCGACAUUGAUUACGAUGUGUAUGAAGUGGAUAAAGACCUGAAACCGUACGACAAAGGGGCCGACAUCACAGGACUGAGGCACAAGCCGUCAGCUGACUAUAAUGCUGUGGAAGGAUCCGCAGCUCGCUGCGCCAGGGUCAUGCAGCGCUUCACCCGCUUUCCAGUCCUGGUCCUGAGAGGUGGCUACGAACGGUUCACGGCCAUUUACCAUUAUCUCAGGACCCAGAAGAUCUUCUGGAUGCCUCGGGAGCUGGAAGCCUUUAAGCCCUAUCCAGUGGAAAUCCUCCCUGCUAAACUCUACAUGGGAAAUUAUGCCCAGGCCUGCGACAGUCAGAUACAGAAGGACCUGAAAAUCAAGGCCCAUAUCAAUGUCUCCGAAGAAGCCGGCACAUUUUUCCUUAAUGACAGCAAGCAACUCCUUCACAUUCCUGUUCCAGAUUCUCCAGAGGCAAAGAUCUUCCCACACUUUAGUGACAUUUGCCACUUUAUCGACAAUCACAUUCACAAGGAAGCAGUCCUGGUUUUCUCCACCUUGGGGAUAAGUCGAAGCAGCACAGUGGUCAUGGCGUACCUCAUCCAUUCCUGCAGGCUUUACUUAAAGAAUGCUUGGACCUACGUCCUGAAGUGUAAAAGUAACAUGCGGCCAAACAGGGGCUUUGUGCAACAGCUUUCUGAAUGGGAGGAGCGGAUCUACCUUACUGCAAUCACUGAUAUCUCUGAACCGAAUUAUUGACCCACCACGGCUCCGGAAACAUUGCUUUGUGGGGCAGCUUCCUUCCUUGAAUGCAGUUCGGUUAGCGCUGGCUGAUGGGUGGCUGGGGGAUGGCAAAAGCUACAUCUCAAGGCUGUUAAAAAAAAUAGCUUCCCCUUUUGUGUUAUUGUCCCGUUUGUAUUCUCAUGCUGUUCUCUGCCCUUUGUACAGUGUUGAGUGAAGUUUGCAUUUCUGUUUGUGUUAUUCAAAAAUAAAUACAUUACACUUUCAUUCUUUA